CCGUUGACUUCACUUUGCCUUUGCCUUUGGUCGUCAUGAAGCAUUAAAAAAAUGUGAUCAACGGAAUUUCUUGACAGAUUGUUUUGAAAAAUUGAAUCUUGUAAAAGUUUAAAUGAGUGCAAAAUGUGGAUGAUGACUAAUUAAUGUUUUCUGAACGUGUAAUUCACCAAAAGUAUAGAAUUUAAUUUGUGAGCUUAGUGAAUUCAGUGUGUGUCAUAUGGGGAUUGUGAUAAACGAUGGCGUUACUCUUGGUUAAGCAGCGAGACUUGGUUGUUACGCUAAAAAAAGAGACUGUAUUAAAUAUUGAGAUUCUAAGCAAGCUUUAUUCAACAUCUCAUGAAUUAACCCGAUUAAUUAAUAAAGAGAACUGGCUUGAGAAACCAACUCAAAACUUAUUCAAUCAUUUAUCGUAUUAUUUGGUCAAUAUAAUCGAUCAUACAGCGUCAUUAACAUGGCCAUUAUACGAUACAAAUAGCGAAAGGAUAUAUAGAAAUGAAAUUUCCAAUUUUAUUAACAGUUACAGUAAUAAAGGGCUGUUAACUCCCGUGAUGUCGUCAUAUUUGGUCAAUCCUGCGUGUUACAAGGUUACAAUGCUUAUGUUCCAAUUAUCUCAAUUGGCUGUACAAAGUGAGCUUACGUCUAUAAUGUUGGAUAGCCAAAAAAAUAUAUACAAAAAAGUUACAGAUAAAUAUAAAAAUAAAGACGAAGAUUUUAAUAAAUACAUAGAUAAUGAAACACAAGUAAUAUUUGAAGAACUAAAUCAUUGUUUCAACAAACGAAAAACUUACGAAAUAAUAGCUGAAUUAUUCAGAAUAAGCAUUUCAAAGAUGGAAGCAAAACUUCAUACAACAAAUCCACAAAAUUAUAUUAAUAAUUUAGUUGAUACAUACAUAAAUAAAUAUCAACCAAAUGAAAAUGUAAGAAACAAGUUAUUAGAGAUCAAAGAUAUAGAUAAACCUUGUGAUUUCUUUGAUAUAUGUCUCAUUGAAGUUGACAAUAAAAUUACGGAACUGGAAACUAAUUGGGUAACACUAAUAACACCAUUAUUAACUUCAGGAAGAACUGCGGUGAAUAAUAGUAAAGAAUUAAUAGGCAGAAGGACUGGUGAAGUUGACCGAAACUUAUUUGUAGUUGAAUAUAACUCACAAACAGACUCGAUAUCAACUUUACAAUUACAACAAUAUGUAAAUACAGAACAGAAGUAUAUUUUAAAAAAUAUCGAAAAAGAUGACCGACUGAAUUUUCCAAAUCUAAUACGUAGCUUUCUAAUAGCUAUCUGUUAUAUAUUAAAAAAUAACAAUAUUGUUAAUGAAAUAGAUAAAUUCAAUGAUUAUUUAAAUAAUGCUGUUAAAAGUUAUUCGGAAAUAAAAUCUGCAAUGGAAAUGCUUAAUGACAGAGUUUUAAAUGCUGAAUCUAAACUUCCGGUAAUCCCGAAUAUAAUGUUACGAUCAGAGUCAUCGAAGAAAGCUGUUGAAAUACCACAGUUACCGGACUUAUCAAUAUUAAAAACACACAGAGAUAAGCAAUUCUUAUUUGAAAACUUCACACCGAUGCGUAUGUCAAAGCAUGAAUUUAAUCUACGAAGGAAACCUAAUUUAUAUUUCAACGGACCACAGACAAAGUCAUUAACAACAUUAUUCUCUAUAUCUAGAGAUGAUUUUCUUAAAUCGCGCAUAUCAUGUAAAAUGAGUGUCUAUGAUAAUUCUAAUAUCACACAAAAUUAUCACAAUUUCUCAUUGAUAUCACACGGUAAUAAAGUGAACGAAACAAUCGCUGAAUGUUCUUCAGGAUUCACCACACAACAAAUCACAAGGUUACUGUCAACUAAGAAAACCAGUAGCUCUAAAAAGUUUAAAUAUAAAACUGACAGACCAGAGAUAAUUAAAAAAGGUUGUUUAUUCAAUGAAUCAGUUUCUACUAAUGAAAGUAUUGGCCUAAUUCGUUGUCAUUCAUCACCAAAUUUAUUCGAGAACAUAGAAAGGAAGCCAUUAAGUAAAUUGAGACCUAGAAAAUUAUCUAUAAUGCAAGAAGACAGUCCGUCCCUUUUAGAAGUAUCCGGAAUAGCUAUGCUGGAUAGAAAUAGUAAUUGUAAUACUCCGCAGAGUCCUAAACACCAAAAUAAUUCCAAUCCACAAAUAACACCUACGACUUUACAUCAAAAGAGUCCCAUUUUUAAAUCUGUUAAUUUUAAUAUGGCUUUAAAUAAUGAAAAAAUAUCUUUAGAUUACAAUGACAGCCAAAGUCCGAAUAAUUAUGUAAAUGCUACACCGAAAACAAACGGACAACUUAUUGCUAAAACAAAUUCAUUAGAAAAAAUUAUAAAUCGUUACAAAAAGGUUCGAGCUGUUGCCACAGAAACAAAGAUUGUUGAAGAGAAAGAAAAUAACAUAGUUAAUAAAGUUUCAACAAAUAUUUUACCAGAUAUAGUGAAUGCAACUCCUAAUAUUUUGAAUUUAAAUGAUGAUUGGUUUUUAAAUAUGGACGCAGAACAGAUAAAAAGGGCAAGACAAAGUCUUGGUACUGUUUUAGGAGUAGAUCAUACAUUUUUGGAUUCAUGUGAAUUAAUUGACUGACAAAAUUUAACGUAAGCAACUAACUGUGAAGAAUACAUUGAAUUGAAAAUUAGUAGCCUAUGUGUUCUUCCAGACUAUAUUCUACACCUAUGCCAAGUUUCAUAGAGGUCUGUUCAGACAUUCUGGAGAUACCUUCAAACAAAUAUCCAUCUAAACAUUCGCAUUUAUAUUAUAAGUAAGAAGUUAGAGAAAGCUUUGCAAUGCCGUGUGAUGUCAAAAUUAGGUAGUAGGCUCCAGAGUGGCUAAAUGGAUCUCACUGAAAUUUGGCAUAGAUGUCGAACAUAGUCUGGUAGAACACAUAGGCAGUUUAUUAAGGUGUUUUUCAAUUCCUAAACGGACGAAGUCGUAGGCAAAAGUUAGUAAUUAUAUAAGUAUUAUAAGGUUCAAAAAUGGAGAAGCAAAUGUCUAAAAGUUGACUCCGAGUGGAAGAAAGUCUGCCUUCAAUUUAACUUCUUGAUCCAAAAUUGUGUUCUGGAAAAUUCUUUUGAAUAAUAUUCUGAGUUAUCAUAAAGUUUGUUUAGCAUUUUUUCAGCAGAGAAUACGUUUAGAAGAUUAUUCUUAGUGUUUCGUUAAACCACAAUUGUGUGUUCAAAUUAAAAAUAAAUUAUUAAUAGCAAAGUUAUUUAAUUGAUUAUAUAAUUUUCUCAUGAACUUUCUCAUUUCAUUUCACUAUACAUAUUCAUUCAACAUUAGUCUGUAACAUUAAUUAAUAAAUAUAUUAAUAUAAUAUGAGUUUUAUUUAAAUUAAAACAAUACGUCAUAAUAUAAAAUAUGUCAAACAUAACCUUAAAUAUGUCGUCCCGUGGGUUUCAUCUGCCGAUAAACUUGUAAAAAAAAAUAAUCCCAAUCCUCAUUGUCUAUGAAAGAAAAAGUAAUUGCACGCCAGUUUUAGGGUAACCAACAUUUUAAGAACCGUCAAUGGCGUUUUUUUUAACAAGCCUUGGCGCGUUAGACCCCAACAAUGUUUUUUUUUUUUACGCCAGUACUGACAGUAUGUUUUUGUACAGAUCUUUCGGCAAUGAAAACACACCGCGAGACAGAUAAACAAAAAAGACACA